UCGGCCAGGGCUGUGCGUUCCCAAAAUAUGACCAGGGGUGCUUGGAUGUGUAGUCGGCAGUAUGAUGACGGCUUAAAAAUCUGGUUCGCACCCCGGGAGAACGAGAAACCCUUCACGGAUUCAGAGAGGGCUCAGAAAUGGCGACUGUCCCUGGCAUCGCUCUUGUUUUUCACGGUCCUGCUCUCUGAUCACUUGUGGUUCUGCGCCGAGGCCAAAUUCACGGGGACCGGAGAGAAGGAGCAGCCGCCGCCCGAGAAGCCGGAGCCCGCGGAGCCGGAGCUGCUGGCGAGCAUGGGGGAACCGGCGCCCCCCGCGCCCCGGCUCCUCGCCCCCCCCUCGCCCUCCCUCCCGCCCUCCCCCGGCAGCAGCAGUGGCGGCAACCGCGGCAGCCGCAACAACGGCACCGAGCCCCGACACGGCAAAGCUGCUUUCCUAGGGAACUCCACCACCAGGCCCCUGGAGACGUGUCCCCCCCCGGGGUCCUCGUCCGGGCAGUGCUUCAGCGUGGGGGACGCAGAGGCGGUGUGCCGGCCGCGCAGGGGGUCGGGGCCGCCGCCGGGCGCGGGGCAGAGCCCGGCGCCCGGCUGGGACCUGACGGAUUUUUACCUUUCCUUUUGUAAUUCCUACACACUUUGGGAGUUGUUUGCCGGGUUGUCCAAUCCGGACACUUUGAACUGCAGUCUGGAUGUGGUGCUGAGGGGGGAAGGCUCCUGCAGCCAGUGCGUCCAGGCUUACCAGCGCUACGACCAGCACGCUCAGGAGAAAUAUGAAGAGUUUGAGGUUAUGCUCCAGAAAUAUUUACAGUCGGAUGAGUACUCGGUGAAAUCGUGUCCUGAGGAUUGUAAGAUUGUCUACAAAGCCUGGCUGUGUUCCCAGUAUUUUGAAGUCACACAGUUUCACUGCAACAACAGAAUUCCUUGCAAGCAAUACUGUUUGGAGGUUCAAACGAGGUGUCCCUUUAUAUUACCAGACAACGAUGAUGUCAUCUACGGAGGACUAUCAAGUUUCAUCUGUACAGGGCUCUAUGAAAACUAUCCAACCAAUGCAGAACCAGAAUGCUGUGAUGUCAGAUGGGGACUAUUAUCAGAUCAUCAAUCCAAAGGGACUAUAAAAACAAGUGGCUCAACAAUGUGUCACAGGACAUCGCUCACAGUUUCAUCAGCAUCAAGACUGUGUAACAGCAGACUUAAACUGUGUGUUCUUGUAUUAAUUCUCUUACAUACAGUACUUACAGUCUCAGCAGCACAGAACUCAACAGGACUGGGCUUUGGAGGCAUAACAACUUUGGAAGAUAAUUCAACCAAUGAGGAAUAAAAGAAAGGAUUCAUUUUACAUGGUAGAAACACAACAGGCCCAAAUGACUACAGUCAAAAACAGCAAAGACUGAGUGCUUUACCCUCAGAUCUCUUCUUGAAUGACCUUUUGGAUAAAAUGAAGAGGAUGGGCCACUACCCAAACAACAAGGACACAUGAACACAGCUUUUUAUUGACUAAAAGGCUGUUUGGUGACUUAAAUUUCUCACACCAUUUUAUACACUGUGUUUUAAUGUUUGGAGUUUCUUUUUUUGUUUGUUUUUUUGCACUUGUUAAUACAGGAUUUUAUUUUUGGGACGGUUUAUCAAAGCUAAAUUAAGUCUUUUCUCUGUCAAUAUCUUUCUAGUCAUUGUGUGUGUUCAUCUGAUAGUUCUGUCUUUUAUGUCCUGUCAGUUUCUAUUAGAGGAAUGACUGCUAUGAUUCCGUGACAUAGCA